CCGGUGGCCUCGGUGGAAUCGGUGGAUUUUAGUGCUGAGGUACUCGCAUGUGUCGGGCUUCCGUUGGUUUUCUUUUUUGCCGGUGUGUGCUGUAGAUUCGGGCUCCGUUGCUUAGAUGCAGUGCAUUCGGUGAAAUGUUCCGGCGCGUUGUCACAGGCGUGAGCAUUUUCGGUGGCGGUGUGGCAGCUUUUGUGGUCUGCAGUGAGCAAGCGAAGAAGCAUACCGUGCGAGCCUCUUGGACUACAAACUUCGAGCCGACCGUUCAGUGGGACAGCAACUGGGACAGGAGGGAGCCCGAGUGUUGCACAAAACCUCCCAAGAAUACGUCAGAAAAAGAACAGAAUCGCUAUAAUGAAGAAGUGCAUAAUGCAAAGCCAACAGCAACACGGUACCUUUACAUCAUUCGACAUGGCCAAUACAACAUGCGAGGGGACUCAGAUAAAGACUUCACUCUGACGGAAUUGGGUCGCAAGCAGGCAGAUCUGACAGGCCAGCGGCUAAAGCACUUGGGAAUCCCUUUCACGCGACUCGUUCACUCCAACAUGACACGAGCCAUCGAAACGGCCGAGAUCAUUCACAAGCACUUGGAACCGCUUCCCAUGGAAUCGUGCGAGUUAAUCCGGGAAGGGGCACCUGUGCCUCCUGAACCUCCGUUUGGAACCUGGAAGCCUGAAGCCAAGGUGUUUUUUACAGAUGGUGCCCGGAUAGAAGCCGGCUUUCGCAAGUAUUUCUACCGCGCAUCUUCCAGUCAAAAGGAGGACUCCCACGAGAUCAUCGUUUGCCAUGCAAACGUAAUUCGAUACUGGAUAUGCAGGGCACUGCAGUUUCCUCCCGAGGCGUGGUCGCGCAUCUCUCUGGCCAACUGCAGCAUCUCUGUUGUGAGGAUCCCUCCCUCGGGCCGAGUGUCCGUGCGGUCACUUGGCGACACGGGCCACUUCCCUAGGGAAAUGAUUACGACCACCUAGCCUCUUGGCCAGUUAGGACCGUAGUUAUUCGCGCUUAUGUUUUUGAGGCUCCAUUGCUUUUGCACCUGAUAUAAGUAUACGAAGCAGACUCAUAGUUUUUAUACGUUCUUAUUUUUUCGGACCGCCAAGUCGCUUAUUGUAAUUUAUGCACAUCUUAGUGAUGACGCUUGACUGUACAAUUCUGUUGGAAAUGCAUUUUCCACAAUAAAAUAGGCUCGAAUAUGCAUGUGUAGUCUUGUGAUUUAAGAUAUUUGUCGGCGUUGCCCAUUUCCUGGUGAUCGUGUAAAGACUGUGUCACUAGUGCUUGAGAAGUUUUAUUUUCCUUAGUUCACCCAGGACAAGUACCAGAGUGUGCAAAAAUGGUUUUAUAAGAAACGUCAGUUGCAUGCUCUACUUGCAAAUUGUCUUUAAAACAGCACUCCUCAUAUAUAAACACCAGUGAAUGCUUAGCUUAAACCAAUUCACACAUCGUGCGAAACCAGAAUUUUUUUUUUCAUAUGUAAUUUGAAGAGGAAGUUGUUACUUGCUGGGUCACGCAUUCAUGCAAGUGUGUGCACCCAUAUUCAUCGGAAUUGAAAACCGGCGACGUCGUUGUGCUUUCUUUGCGUCUGAGGUUAAAGGAAGCAAAGGUGAUGU